AUGGACCCUAUAAAAAUCGAAAAGAAGUUAAUCAAAUUUCAAGCGACAGAUGGCAGAGAAGUCGAGUUGGAAGCGGUGUAUGAGGAUACCAUUCCGUCUGGAUCGUCUCUGGGUACUGUAGUUGGAUUCCAUGGAUCACCUGGGUCACACAAAGAUUUCAAGUAUGUCAGGAGCAAGUUGGAUGAGAUGGGAAUUCGAUUCAUCGGCAUCAAUUAUCCUGGAUUUGGGAAUACCUUGGGUUACGAAAACCAAGGACACACCAAUCCAGAACGCCAAAACUACACCAACGCUCUGCUCGACGCUGUGAAAGUCGAAGGAAAAAUCAUAUUCAUCGGGCACAGUCGUGGAUGUGAAAACGCGCUUCAGACGGCUGUUGGGCGGCCUGCUCAUGGACUUGUUCUCAUAAAUCCGACUGGUUUCAGACACCAUAAGGGUAUUCGGCCAGUUUAUAGAUUGGAAUACUUGGAUUGGUUGUAUGGAAUUCUUCCGGCUUUUAUGGGAAAUGCUAUGAUGGGAGUCUACAAAGCAAUUGGAUUCCGAGUAAAAACUGGAGAAGAAGCGAUUUGUGCACUUCGAUCCGCAAUGAGUAUGUCCUUUGAAAAUCAAAUCGAGUAUAUUGAAAAACUAAACGAAACGGAAACCAAAAAGCUGAUUAUAUUUGGAGGAAGCGACCAUUUAGUUGAAGAGGAAAUCGUUCUUGAAAAGUUGGAGAAACACGACGGAUUGGAGCAUUUUAGAUUCGAGGAUAGUAUUCCAGAAGAGGACAAACUCAAAAUUAUGGAUUCAUUUUCGCGAAAAGGAGCAUCGGUGUUCGUCGCAAAGGACACACAUUUUCAGAAUAAAUCUCAGGCUGUGCUGGUGGCGGAGGCGUGUGGAAAGAUGUUGGAAAUUGCAUAA